CUCCACACACACACACACACACACUCACUCAGUGAGGACGCAGCGCACAGACAGGCAGGGUGUCUCCGCUGCUCAGGGGGGGAUUUUUGUUGCUGCAUAAACCGUAAUCGCUGCAGUCGUUUUGGAAUAUCAGCAGCUCUGAGGAUUAUUGCUGGAUUUGAAUAGGACCACAUCUCCCAGACCACCAAUCCUUCCCCAUGAGGAAAGAUGGGGAAUGGAUUGUCUGACCAACCCAGCCUCCUCUCUAACGUCCCGUUCUUCCAGUCGUUUCACAUCGCCAUCCUCGGCCUGGACUCUGCGGGGAAGACCACCGUCCUGUACAGACUGCAGUUCAACGAGUUCGUGAACACGGUGCCCACCAGAGGUUUCAACGCGGAGAAGGUGAAGGUGUCUCUCGGCGGCCACCGGAAUGUGACGUUCCACUUCUGGGACGUAGGCGGCCAGGAGAAGCUCCGCCCCCUGUGGAAGUCGUACACGCGAUGCACGGACGGCAUCAUAUUCGUGGUGGACUCCGUGGAUGCGGAGCGCAUGGAGGAGGCCAAAACGGAGCUCCAUAAAAUCGCCAAGACCUCUGAAAACCAGGGGGUGCCUCUACUGGUGGUAGCCAACAAACAGGACUUGAGAAACUCUCUGGGACUCGCCGAGAUUGAGAAAUUGCUGGCGCUGAAAGAACUGGGCCCCGCAACUCCCUGGCACCUGCAGCCGACCUGCGCCAUCAUAGGCGAGGGCCUCAGGGAGGGCCUGGACCGCCUCCACGACAUGAUCCUGAAAAGGAGGAAGGCGCUGCGGCAACAGAGGAAAAAGAGAUAAACUUUAUAAAGACAUGAAUGCUGUUAUAUGUGAAGGAAACGAAGGAUAUUCUCCUGGGUGGAUACAGACACAUCCACCGCAGGUCCAGAUUCAAAACGCUGAGUUUUAUCAGUCCAAAAGUUCCAGUUCUACGUCUUGUGAUGAUGCUGUUGAUCAGGAAGUGACGAUUUAAAGGAAUACAGUAUGAAGAUGAGAAAGUUUGAGACAUGUGUGGGUAUGCUUUAGAGAGUUUGUAUGGAUUAAAAAGCACUGAGGGUUUGAGGUCUGGAAGAGUGAUGGAAGUUAAGACUGCUCCAUGAACGGCUGUUCAAAACCACAUUACCAAAUAUUAUUUAAGGAAACGAGUUGAAGGGUUAUUUGGUAAAUGAUCAAACGUUAUUACACCAGAGGGACUACAAAAUAUAAACAUCCGUUUAAUUUGACUGUUUUCUAUGUUAUUAUAUCUGGUUCAUUUUUUACACUGGACUUUCUCCGGGAAAGAAAAGUAUUAUCAUGCAUUUUUGCAUUAUUAUCGAUUUGCUUGCUGUCUUAUAUAUCUAAUUUUUUAAAAAGCACUUUAGAGUAUCUCUUCGUAUGAAGUUUACAGUUUUUGAAUAGAUAAAGUUUGGGCAAAAUACAACAGAUGCUACUGUAGUUGGUCCACGUUGGCCACAUUGUCAUUAGACAGGUUAUGCAUUUUGUUUUGCUUAAUAAAAUAUAUU